UAUUUUCAUCAAGAAUUUCGAAGGAGAAUUGAAGCGUCUAAAGCCCUCAAAUCAAAACUCUGCCAUGUCUAACAAGACAACAUUGGUUUGGUCGAUCUGCUUGGUCGUUCUUGUAGCAAAUGGCGCUUUAGCGGAAUAUUGUAACUCGUACACCCCGUGUCAGGGUUACGGCAUCAAAACAUGCUGCAACAACGAGUGUGUCUACUCCUCUAGCUGCGAAGGCCGCUACUGUUCCUCGGACUAUGAUUGCAACUCUAAUGGUAACUUUUUGAACUGCUGCUCUAAUUCCUGUCAGUGGGAUUACUGUUACAACCCAAUACCAGCUAUCAUCGGCGGUACUAUCGCGGCAAUUGUUGUGAUAAUUGCCAUUAUCGUCGGUGUGUCCUAUUUCUGUUGCUGUCGGAGACCAGUUCGUGCAACUGGGGGACGAGUGAUAACUGCCCCUCAACAGCAGAUUAUAACAACAACAACAACUUCUAACUACCCUCCACCUCCAAUGCCUAGUGCACAAGGACCAUACCAAGCCCCCCUUGGAACUUACCAAGGCCCAGCACCUCCUUAUCCCCAACUUCCAGGGUAUGGACCACCACUACAAGGAGACUACCCUGGCGGAUAUGUUGCUGGGGGAGCUCAGCCACCCAUGCAGUACCAGUCACCUAUGGGCAUGGACAAUUUGGGUGCAUCUGUACCACAACCACCCCCAUAUUCACAAGCUAACCAGGAACAAACAAAGAUGCCAUAGUGUUUCCGUUGUUUGUUUGUUUUUAAUGUGGAAGAUCUAAGCUGAUGAAAUGGUGUAGGAGUUUAACUAAUAUUUCUUGAAAUGUUGGUGCCCCCUGUUGUUGCAAAAUUUCUAGUCACAUUAUUGAAGGCCCACAGCAAGGAGUUUGAGUUCAAACUCACAUUGUCUCCCUUCUCUUAACCUUUAUUUGGGUUUUUCUUCCAGUUAAGUGGGGAUUUUUUUCCAACCCCCUGAAACCCUCAUGGCUAUGGGCUUGCAUUACAUUUCCGUUUUUUGUGAAUUUACCAUCUUCAAUAACAAAAAAAUUUGUCUGUAAUAACAGAAUUCUUAUUUUGCAGCCUUACAAUAUAGCUAAAAAAUUCUUGCUUUUCUCUUAAAGUGCCCUCUAUAUAGAUACCACUAAAUUGUGUAACCAGAAAGACUAAAGACUGUUAUAAAAACUAGGUGGUCUGCAUACGCGUGGUGGAAGCACAAAAUUAAAUCAACCCAAAGGUUGAGAUUGGGAUGAUUUAUUACAUUUUUUUACCUCUAAGGAUAGAUGAUGUCAACCCAAUAUAUGCUGGAUGGCAAAUAAUAGGUUAGCUUUGAUACCUUACAUCAUUUGAUAAUAGUUAUAUUUAUUUAUAGGUUAGAAGAUGCGCUCUUCUAAAGAAUGGUUGUGGGAUUAUUUGUAAAACUUUCUAUGCACACUGAGAAGCACAAUCUUUUGCAGAGAAAACAAUCUGCUGUAUCAUCAUUUUUAACAGGGAAGCCUUUGCAUGUUGAGUUAGGUAGAAGAAAUAUAGCUAGAAUUUGUAGAUAGGGACUGGUCAAUUAUGAAAUAUCCUCCGACCCCAUCCACACUCCUCAUGGCUGUGAAAACUGUUUAAACUGCAUAUUGCGGUAAAAAGAAUUCAAAUAUUUGGGAGUUGCGGUGCACAGGACUUGCCCUUGGUACGAGAUGAUUUAGCGGGAAAUAAACCUGGGAAGUGCCGCCUUGUUGCAGAUGCUUUUCAAAACCUUGUCCUUCUGUACAGUAUGCAAUAUAUCUGAUGUUUUUCUGCGGUAUUUUCGAAAAUUUCUUGAGGUAUUGCAGUAGUAACAACCCCCAACAUCCCCUUGAAGCAUUCAUUUUGUUUUGAGAAAGCAUGAUGCAAAAAAAGAAAGCAAUGUGGUGUACAAUGUAUAUGUUUCAUUUUUGGAGAAUGUUAUAAAUGAUAGGUGCAUCCUAUGAAAGCAAAA